UCAGCGCCCAAAUUGGGGUUCGCACCCCGAAAUGCAGGCGUGAGGGGCGGGUCCCGGCUUCGGCCCGCGCCGCCCCAUGUGACCCGGUCCGACAUGGUGUCGCCUCCUCUCGAGGCGGCGGCGGCGGCUGCGUCUUCGGCUCCGCUGCGUGUCGAGCCGGCCCCGCGGCCGCUCAUGGGCAGCCAGGGCCGCUCGGGUGCCCCCGGGAGCCGCGGGCCCCGGGAAGGCGAGGGCGGGGAGGCGAGGGAACUGCAGGAGGCGAGGGUCGCGCGGGGAAAGCGAGGGAAGGGGAAGGGGAAAGCGGGCACCGGGCACGGCGGAAGAGGAAGCGGGGCGGAAGGGAAGCCGGGCCUGCGGCCGGCGAGGACGGCAGCGGGGCCGGGGGCUGAGGCGGGCCCGGGGCAGGAAGCCGAGGAAGGCGGAGGCGUGGAGGCAGGGCCGGGAAGCUCCGGGGAGCGGGAUGCGGGGAGCGCAGGGCCCGGGAAGGAGCAGGAACGGAGGGUCGGGCCC